AUUACUAGCUAGAUUAUUCAUUUAAUUUAUGUAUUGUUGCUGUUCUAAAAUAGUAUCUGCAUCAAGCAAAUUGAGUUUUCUUUUUAUUCCCUUACAUUUUUUACAUUUGAAACUAAGUAAAGCAACUAUUUUCUUUACCGCGCAUGUAAUAAGUUCCUUAUCUCGCGCACAUUAAGCUGAAACUUUUGUAUUUUCUCAAAACCCGGGCCAUUCUUAUCCACAAAUGAGCUACAAAGUCAUUUCAGUUUUGAAACUCCAGUGCGGAUGUUGAAUAUUUUUGAAAAUGCGAAACUAAUCGAAGCAUUCGAUACGCCUGCGAAACAUUAUCGAUUGCAGCGAUUACUUUUGGCGCGACCAUGUUAGAACUGUGCUUUUACACAGUUAACAGAAUUCAAUUUCAAUCGGUUAUUCAAAUCUAGGCCUACUUUCAAUGGUGGCAAUUUGACACAGGAAACUACUGUGUGCCAGUUAUUGUGUCCUAACUAAUAGUGCCAUCACCAUGCAGUCCUUUAGCAAGUUGAAACCGAGUAGGCGAGGAUCCAAUGAGUUCAGCCCAGACAUGGAUACUGCGUAGUACUAAACUUCGAGGCCACGAACACAGAACCUUAAAAACACUCGGAAAAAACAGAUAUGAGACAGCAACAGUUCAAGGAUGUGUCCACGGUCCGCAUCCUGAUGUUGGGCGACAAAGGUGUGGGCAAGACUAGUUUGACCAAUUUGCUGGCCACUAGCGAGAGUACGCCCACUCCAUCCUCGCGAACCGUUGGCGAGAACUCGUGGCAUGUCCAGGUGCGGAUCCAUGAGUAUCCCAAUCCAGUGAUCUUACCGCUCACGCCCUCCUCGUCGGAGGGCUCCGAGAAUUACCCGUAUCUGCGGAGUACGCCCACCACCAGUGAUAUCCUUUACUUUGUGGAGUUUUACGACCUGAACAGCGAUUGGCGCUUGCGUCGCCAGCACCGCGAUAGCUUCUAUAAGAAUAUAGACGGCAUUGUCCUAGUGUACAACCUGCUGGACCUGAGCUCCCAGGACAGCCUCCACGAUUGGCUGUACGAUCCGUUGCGCCAGAUCUGCAAGCAUCGCCAUCGGCAUUCGCGUUCCAUUUUGAAACAUGUGCCAAUUUUGGUGGUGGGCACCAAACUGGAUAAGUUGAUGCGGCGGCCACUGCGUCGAAGCGGCACCAUUGCCCACCAGCUGGGCGCCGACCAGAUCUUCGUCAACUGCCUGGAUCCCGAGAGCUUUGCGGACCAGAGCCGUAAUCAGGGUAAACUGCGCGGCUUUCUGAACCGCGUCGUCGAGUUCAAAGAGCGAUUUCCGCUGUUAAGUUUCCGUCAGAUCUCACCUUCUAUUUUUUAAUUUCCAAUUAAGUUUUUAAUAAUUGUCGCGGAACGGUUUAGGGCUAUCGAUAGUUAGUCAAGUUGCAUUUUAGAGCCGCCAGAACUUAGAGAUAUUUGUGUCAGGAAUCUCGUGAAUGUGUAAUUCGGGCACACUAAAUCAUGUAAAGUUAUGCUUAAUUUUGGCGGAUAGUAUUACUACGAUUUGAGCAUCACACUGAGUGGGAAGGGAAACUGCGGUAUGUAAGAUAAAGACUGUAUUGCAGGUUAAGUUAACCAUUGUAUAUCCCACAGAAUAAAACAUAAGACCCAAAUACUCUGUUUGUUAUCGAA